AUGAACCCAAGUCCUGUUACCGAAAGGCUCCAAAUGCUAAAGGGGCUCCUCAUCGCUUUGGCCAACUUUUUAAGAGAAAACAAGGAGGUGAUAUCGCUCGAAGAAUGUAGGGGCUGCUACGAUACACUGCCAAAUACAGAAAGACAGUAUAUCGGAUGGCUCCCACAAACUUUAGAGCAUUUAUUGGGGAAGAAGAGAGACGAAAAUGGGGAGGGAGAUGAAGAAGAUGAACAGAUACGUGAAGAAAACGAAGACGAAGUUGGAAGUGCCAAUGGGGGAGACAGAGACGCGGAGAGAGCAGGUGAGGAAGAAGAUAACAGCAGUGAUGAAGAUGAAGAUGGAGCUGUGGAGGGAGACGAAGCUCACGGGAAGAGAGUGAGUUCGUGGGAUAAACGCCGCAGAUUUCCCUCUUUGACUAAAAUCAAAAUACCAUCAUCACUGCACACGAUUUUAGAGAACUGCAAAGUGGAAAAGGGCUCCGGUCCCCUUUUUAAAGCUCUUUCUCAAGGGUAUCUUCCUACCUCUGGGGGCCUAGUGGCAGCAUAUUUAAAGAUUCGCCAGUGCGAGGAAAUCGGAGACAUUGUGAAGAUUCAUCGUCGGUUCGAUCUACGCAAUUUCUUUCUAUUGGCCACCGAAUAUGGGUAUUGUUCCGAAAAUGGAUUCGUCUGGGGUGCGGCAAAUAAACUCGCUAGAGAAAUAAAGGCGCAGCAUCCGUUGUCGGGCGACCAUGAUGAAAUACGCAAAAAUCUUCGCUCUGACAUAGAGCUGGGUCGAGGUUAUAACGCGUGGGUAUUGGAACUUGGACACCCAGGUUACCUGAUUGCUCUACCACUGGAGAUUUCAGAGACCGAAUACACGCACCGAGGCCUCCGUAAAUAUAUCCCUGAGGUAUCCAACUCCCUCCGUGGCUUGAAGAUUGAAAACAUCGUGAAAAAAUGGGAGUUAGAACGUCUUGGAGAGGAUAUUUCCUCAAAGUUACGGGAACGUUUUCGUCCUCUAGAGAUGUACAAAAAGCGGAAUGCUAGCCAAAACGGGCAUAAAUCGAAGUUGACUCUAUUAGGCGCGAAGAGGCGACGACAAGGAGUACAAAAGUACCAACUGAGAACUUUACAUCCUCCUGCACAUGAUGGCGAGACGCGUUCUACUGGAGACAACCAUAAUCAGCAUCUUCCGGAAGAGCCUAUACAUAGGCCUUCGAGGACGACGAAUUGCUCCCACAAUGCUGUUUUGACUACUGCCCAGCACGAGCGAGCUGCGUCACCAAAUCUUCCAUCAUCAACUGAAGCUCGACCCAGCACAUGCAAUGUUAUCCCAAGAACCGCGGUUACCGGGGCUCACCUGCCAUACGAACCAACCGUCCUACAGCCGCCGGUACUACAAGAGAUUCCCGAGGGUAUAUCAUUUCAACUAGCCCAACCUCAGUCUGACACGCAUGGUUCAUAUAACCAAGGCCCACGGAACGUACUAAGUUCUACGUUGGUGCAGGGUGGCUGGGCUAACACGCUUAUGUUUGACCCAGAGCUGUCCGGGCAGGGUGACUGGGCCAACAUUCUUAUGUUUGACCCAGAGUUGUCCGGGCAGGGUGACUGGGCCAACACGCUUAUGUUUGACCCAGAGCUGUCCGGGCAGGGUGACUGCCAACAUGCUUACAUUCAGAGGUGUCCAGGCAGGGUGACUGGAUUCUUAAGUUAA